AAACCCUAGAUUUUCUUCAUUGUCGUCAUUUGAUACAUACCAGCGGCAGCCUCUUGAGAGUGUUAAGAGUGAGAGAAAAUGGUUUCUGGGUCGGGCAUUUGUGCGAAGAGAGUGGUUGUAGAUGCCAGGCACCACAUGCUUGGCAGACUGGCCUCCAUCUUAGCCAAGGAGCUCUUGAAUGGGCAGAAAGUGGUUGUGGUCAGAUGCGAAGAAAUUUGCCUCUCCGGUGGACUCGUCCGACAGAAGAUGAAGUAUCUACGCUUUCUCCGUAAGCGCAUGAACACCAAGCCAUCUCAUGGCCCCAUCCACUUCCGGGCUCCUUCCAAGAUUCUCUGGCGCACCAUCCGUGGGAUGAUCCCCCACAAGACUAAGCGAGGAGCAGCUGCUCUUGCCCGUUUGAAGGUUUAUGAGGGUAUCCCACCCCCAUAUGACAAGAUCAAGAGGAUGGUUAUUCCUGAUGCCCUCAAGGUUCUGAGGCUCCAAGCUGGACACAAAUAUUGUUUGUUGGGUAGACUCUCAUCGGAGGUUGGAUGGAAUCACUAUGAUACCAUCAGGGAGCUUGAGGAGAAGAGGAAGGAGAGGGCUCAGGCUACUUAUGAGAGGAAGAAGCAGUUGACAAAAUUGAGGAUCAAAGCAGAGAAGGUGGCCGAGGAGAAACUUGGUGGUCAACUAGAUAUUAUUACUCCAAUCAAGUACUGAAAUAGGAAGUUUGUUGUUUCGAAUGACAAUUUUCUGUCCUGUUGAUUUUGUCUCCGUUAGUUGUUACAUCUAUUUCCGAGCAAUUUAUUUUUCACCUCCCAAUCCUAGGGAAUUGUAUGCGACUUCAUUCUUGAAAUUAAACACUUGUCCAUGUUAUAUUUGGUGUUUCA